ACCUAUAUGAGCUGGCGUUAUCAUCUGAGCGGCAGCAUUUUCCAUUCGAUUGUGACAAGCAGCGGACGACCGUCGCCCGUUCCGUUUGCCCGAUAGAUCAGAUCCCCGCCGUGAGAUCUGUCCACCCCAUCCAUUCCCAAACGUCUCGUCUCGACUCGUCGCGGAUAUCAUAUUUGUUUUUGUUGUUUUUUUUUUUUUUGAUUCCCCUAUCAUCGUCACCCCGCCCCCUCGAAAAGAAAAACGAACGCGCAUAAACAACCGUAAACAAUCCUUUUGUGAAGUGCGAAAUAUAUCUUUGAAUUUUUUUGUUCAAGUGAGAUUUUCCAAAGGAUAAUCAAACAGCAACAACACCAUCUGGUCAGCUCUAUCCUCCACUGGCAUGAUGCUGCUACGUUUGACCUUGCUGGCAACGGUCUGCUUCUGCGCCGCCCAGGCAGUGCUCAAUGGCAAGGAGCUGAAGCGCCGUGAGGCAGGCUUUGACACAUACGGACCACCGCCCCGGCCGGCACCACAGUACGGACCACCGCCACAGCAGCAGCACCAGCACGUGCCCCACCGCGAGUACGGGGUGCCGCAGCAGAUACCCUUCCGGGAGUAUGGACCGCCGGCCCUGAAGUACGGACCCCCGAAGCUCAAUUUCCUGGGCGGUGGGGGCGGCGGCGGCGGCGGCGGUGGCUCCAGCCUGCAUGAACAGAUCAAGACGCAUUUCGGUGUGCCCAAGCCGUUCUACGGACCACCCCAUAUCCAGCACAAGCCGGCACCACAGUACGGACCACCCAAGCAGCAGUACGGCCCGCCGCCACCGCGGCCCGCCCCUCAGUACGGCCCACCACCACAGCCUGCACCGCAGUACGGCCCACCCCCUUCGCCUCAGUACGGGCCCCCACCGCCGCUGAAGAUCCAGCACCGACCGUCGCCGCAGUACGGGCCACCGAAACCCCAGUACGGACCACCCCCACCACCCCAGCACCUGCCGUCGCCCCACUCGGGGCCCCUGUUCAAGCCCGCCCACCAGCCGGCCAGCUCCUAUGGACCGCCCGCCUCGGGACCCUUGAAUCUGCCGCCCAAGCCCCACUACGACGCCCCGCCGCCCAAUUAUGGACCCCCACCGCUGCCCAUCUCGCUGCCGGGACCACAGCCGGCGAGCUUCAACCGAGUGCCAGAGACGACGAUCAUCCUCACAUCCGGCGGAGGCGGCGGCGGAGGACACCAUGGACAGCAGGGACCUGGUGGACCCAGUGGACCUAGUGGACCGAGCGGCCCAGGCGGCCCAUUGAGUCAAGUGCAGAUCCAAAUUGAUGCCUCGGGGCACACACACAGCGUCAGUGGCUCCCAGGCGCCCUUCCACACGGCCUGCGACGGCUGGAAGCCCAUCCCGGCCCCGAUUGGAGCCUACGUGGAGCAGAAUCACAUCGAAACGCAAGGCGGCUACAGCCACGUGGCCCAGGGGCAUGGCGGCUUCGGUACUCAGUACAGUGGUGGGGCAGGAGCAGGAGUGGGUGCCACCGGAGGUGGCAGCAUCAUCGACGGCCUGUCCGAUGAGCAGCUGGUGGCCGUGGCCUUGCAGGGCGGCAACGAUGGUGGUAAUCUAAUCACAGGACCUGGGGCUGGACACCUGAACUCCAUCGAAUCGGAAGCUCUCCAGCUGUCCAUUGGAUCCCUGGAUGAUUCGUACUCGAAGCCACCGUCGGACUCCUUUGCUCCGGGAUCUGUGCACGCCCAGAAAUAUCAGACGAUUGGCUCCGGUCCCGGUCACGGACCUCCACCCCCACCCAGUGGAAACUAUGGACCCCCACCCAACGGAAACUUCGGACCCCCUCCCAAUGGAAACUUUGGACCUCCACCGCCGCCAAAUGGAAACUACGGGCCGCCACCACCGCCCAACGGAAAUUACGGUCCACCGCCGCCGCAAUUUGCGGCUCUGACUAGCAGCAGCAGCCACGCCCAAUCGAACAGCCAGUCCCAUUCGAAUGUAAACAUCCAGUACGGUCCGCCCUCGGGUAACCCACAGCCGUUCCCCCAGCACGGAGCCGGGCAGCCCAACAAACCGGUAGCCUAUCGCCCACCAGUGCCCGCGGGGCUCCUGGAGUCGAUUGGAGCCACUGUCCAGCACUUGGACCAAUUUGGUGUGAAGCCAGCCCAGCAGCCACAGACGUACAUACCCCCCGCUGCCAACGAGAUACCCGUGGGAGGUGGUGCACCAUUGCCCGCACCACAGGCCUUGUACCAGCCACCCCCGCCACCACAGGGUGCUCCUCCACAGGUGAUUGUGCAGCAACAGCUGCCACAGCCACAAGCAGGACCCGCGUUCAUUCACCAGAAACCUGGAGCCCUGCAGCAGUAUGGUCCUCCCGGACCGCCACCACCGCCAGAGCCGCAAUAUCUGCCACCCCCACCGCCAGUGGCGAAUGUCCGUCCCCUCGGACCACCACCGCCGCCAUCGCAGCAGUACCUGCCACCACAGUUCUUCCAGCAACAGCAGCAGCAGCAGCAGCAGCACCAACACCACCAGCACUCUGAGAACAGCUACAGUGCCUCGCAAUUCCAGCAACAGUUUGUCCAGAACCAGGGACUGCCCCUGCCACAGCAGGCGCCGCGUUUCAAUCAGAUUCCCCAGCAGCAACAGCAACAGCAACAGCAACAGCCCAUCAUUGUCCAUGAUUGCGGACAUGGACCCAAUCUUGUGAGCAGCAAUGGUUACCAGGUGCAACAGCAGCAGCAACAGCAACAGCAGCAGCAGAUCCAGCAGCAGUUUGGCAGCAUCUCGGCGGCAUCCGCUGGGGCAUACAACGCCAUUGCCCAGAGCAUUCCCGUGGCCGAGCAGCAUACACAGUUUUUGACGGGUCCCGCCGACAGCUACGGACCACCGCCAUCUGGCAAUGACUUGGACUACGAUCAUGCGGGAUAUGCCUCGCAGAAGAACUCGGUGGCGGCAUUGCCCGAUGGCACGGAUCCCCAGCAGCUGCCCGGUCUGGAUGGCCUCAAUGUGAUCUCCGCCCAGAAAUCGCAGAGCAUUCAACUUGGCAACGGACAGCAGCCCCAGCAGAACUUCCAGGUGCAGUUUGGCGGAUCCCUGAGCCAGGGAGGCAACGGUAAUGGCAACGGUCCUCAGGGCAAUGCCGGUGGAGAGCAGAGUGCCAAUCACGAGGAGAUCCUCUCGCAGGGUCUGCUCCAGUCCAUUCUUACGGCCAUCGAGCAGCCCCAGAACCAGAACCAGAACCAGCAGCAGUCAUCGUUGCCGCAGAACCACAAGGCGCAGAGCCGCUCCGAUUUGGAUCAUGAUCAGGAGCAGGAUGAGGCAGAGGAUGCCAUGGAUGUGGAUGGGGAGGAGCAUGAGCAUCAGGGCACGUCUGCCUCCAACAGAGUGGAGGUGCGCGUCCUGCCCGAUGCUGAUGCCCAGGAGGAGGAGGUGCCCGCUGAGGUCAAGGAGAUCGAGCCCAUUGUGGCCGCCGAUCUGCCCGAGGAGGAGGCCAAGCACUAGAAGAGUCCGAUCUAAAUGGGAUCGGAACGAAUCAGUCACUAGUUAUCAUCGUAAUUCAAUCCUUUAAUCAUCCCGCGCCGCUUGAAUAUUAUUUAUUGCUGCCUCAUCCCAUUCCUUCCAUCCCUUUCUUAAUUCUCUUUAAGCCUACUCGUUGCAUUAGCUCGUUGCGAACACUUCGAUGCAGCGAGUGUCACUCGCACACUCUUUUAUAACCUCUCCGAAAGCACUCGUUGCAAUCAAGUCGUUCUUUACACCCCACUCGUUGAUCCCACUCGUUGCAACUCCCAUCCCCCCUUAAACACGGACCAGUUGCCAUAAAGAGAGAGAAAGUGUUGGUGGAAACUACAAAGAGAGAGAGAGAGAGAGCUAAAAAGAGAGAAAGACAGCGGCGAAUAGAGAAGCCAACGACACAAACACAUACACACAAACACACACACAGAAAGAGA